AUGAACCCAACUAAAAUGGGUGCCAACACCACUAAUGACUCCUCCAAUGAGAUAGAGAAGACUAAGAAGAAGGUUUCAAAUUGUUGGGGAAAUGCUCAAAUACCCUUUGCACUUCCCUUUCUCACACUCCCCAAUUCCAACUUCACCACUUUUCUCUCUCCACCUCAACUCCACACAUCAUUCACCACUGCCGCUGACCAUUUUUUCACCCUUCUGCACUCCAUCGCUUCUCAGAACCCUUUCAUCAACAAAAUUCUCUCUCUCCCCUCCCAAUUUCACACCUUAUGCGUCCAGAUUCGGAAGCACGGAAACGUGAGGUCAGUGGGUAGUCACAAUUUUGCUGCCGUUUUGCCUGGGGAUUCGGUGGCAGGGUUGGUUGUGGCUAAUGGGAUUCUGAAUUUCUUGAACAUUUACAACACCUUGCUCAUAGUUAGGCUUGUUUUGACAUGGUUUCCCAACACUCCUCCUUCCAUUGUUAGUCCCCUCAGCACAAUAUGUGACCCAUACCUUAACAUAUUCCGUGGACUUAUUCCCCCGCUGGGAGGAACACUGGAUCUCUCCCCCAUUCUAGCAUUCUUGGUCUUAAAUGCAUUCACAAGCACUGCUGCUGCACUCCCUGCUGAGCUUCCAGCCCCAGAACAAUCCCAACAAGGUCUUGCACCACCAUUACAAGCUUCUAAUGUUACUACUUCACAGAAGAAAUGGAUGAGACGGCUUCUAGGGAACAGGUCAAGGACAUUGGGUGGUGCUAAAUAG